AUGCUCGGAGCAUUCACCGACAAGUCGCGAUCGAACGUGACUAGUUUCAAGAGCGGCCUCAAGCGCCUCACCUCGGAGCGCUCGUGGCAUGACACAUGGGACCGUCGGACCACCAAGGAGGUGUCGAUCGUCGACUCUGAGUCAGACCAACACGACCCGGUGUCAAACCAGUCGCGCGUUCGUCUCGGCAACUCAGACCUGCUGCAGCUGGCCCGCGACGCGACCGACAAGGUGGACUUCCGCCGACUCACGAACCGCCAGGCCUCGCUGAGCAACUGGAAGGUGAAGGCCGUGGCCAACGGCUUCACGGCGUUCUCGCAUGGUGACGGACUCGAGGCGGCCCAGGAGGUCAUGACGACGGGCGAGAUGAAGGCGAGUCUUAACGAGCUGGCCUUCAUCCUCAGCACGACCACUGACAGCGACCACGACAUGGUCAUGCGCAGCCUGUACAAGGACUACAUCCACGGCGCCGUGGUGCACGCGGUCGACGGGUCAUUGGACGCGUCCUCGGUCUCGGCCUGCAAGUCAGACAUUGAGUCCAAGUUGGCAGUCAAGACCAGCGCCUUCGAGCGCUCGCGCAUGUUCAAGAACCACGAGCAGUGGUGCUACCUCGAGUACUUUGAGAAGAAGAGCAGCGCGGACGCCUUCACGGUGACGCUCACCUCCAUCCCUGAGAAGGAGCUGCUGGCCGGCAAGAUGAAAGCCGACCGCAUUGACGAGCUGCCUGACUUGACGGCCGCCUACCUCAUCGAGAAGAUCCCGUCCAGCAACUCCGUUCGUGUUGUCUUUUUCGCCCAGGCGUCUCUGGAGGACGGGCCUCAGUUCGACCCGACGCAGACUGAGCUAACCAUGAGCCACAGCCUUGGCGGCGACGGAAGCCGCAACAACCUGGUCGUUCGCUCCAAGAAGCGGCAAAAACGCCUGAUGCGCCUUGCCGCUGGUGCCAGCCAGUUGCCUGAAGUCGUUCGUCGUCGCCGCUUUGGCACGCAGCCACUCGCAGACUGCUCUGCAUUUGAGGCCAAGAACUCCCGCUGCACUUGCUGCGCCAAGUCGCUGCGCCUGCUCACCCGCAAAAAGCGCUGCCACAUCUGCGGAUACAUGAUCUGCCACCAGUGCUGGAGCAUCCACUCGAUGGAGACCCCGGAUGGUCGUGUGUCCUCGGUUCGCGCCUGCACUCGCUGCGUCGAGUUCGUGACCAACGGAGACUACUCGCGUGUCGACCAGAACAAACGCGGACGCCUUGAGAUCGUCCCUGACUCGGGGUUGGCCGGCCUCCCGGCGCAGGAGCCUCCUGGAAAGGCCCUGACCAACUUCCUGCACGAUGCGCUCCAGAACUCAACGGGCAGCAAACGCAAGUCCGUAAUGUCGGUGAUUCGGCACCUGAUGAACCAGGAGAAGGAGGACGCGGAAACCCGCUCCGAGUGCUCUUCUGUCACGUCGUCGAUCCGGCUUACGGACGACGAAGCGAAGAAGUACACUGACGCGCUGGACAAGGGAAUGCUGCGCGUCGAGACGGUGCCGCUGGAGGAGUGCGUGGUUGCGAACGCAAACGGCCGCAACUACCCGCUCAAUAUGGCACCCAAUCUGGAGUCAUUCAGCAAGCCGCCGAUGCCCAAGGACGAGCAGGAGCGUAUCAACGCCAUUGAGAAGGGUGGGCUCUCCAAGAUCGAGGACACGGAGGAGCUGGACCUGAUCUGUGAGCUGCUGGCGCGCGAAAUGAAGUGCGCUACGGGUUGUGUGACGCUCAUUAAGGAGGACGAGCAGCACGUGCUGGCAUCAAACGCUGAGCCACUGCGGCAGCUUCACAUGCCGCGUGAACUGUCCUUCUGCCAGCACACGGUCAUGAACGACACGCCGCUGCUGGUGCCCAACCCUGAGGCUGACAUUCGGUUCCAGAACCUGCCUGCAGUGUCUGCGAUGGACAUCAAGUUCUACGUCGGAUUCCCCCUCAAGGACCAGAACGAUCAGGUGGUGGGCUCUGUGUGCUGCUUUGACAGCAACACCCGCGAUGUGACCCAGUCUCAAUACUCGGCGAUGAAGAAACUGGCUGAUACGGCCUCCAAGGUGGUGCAGAUCAAGGGCAAGCAGGCUGCCAAGACGGAGCCCGCGAGUGCCCAGGCGGCGGAGCCUGCAUCUACCCAGGCGUCGGAACCCGCUGCGAUGGAUACCUCGUCAUAAGUAGCAACCAUUUUGUAGGACUUCGUCAUUUAUCAAUCCACUCUUUUGAUGUUC